AUGAAGUACAAAGCCCGACUGGUUGUAAAGGAUUUUGGACAAAAAUAUGGAAUCGACUUUGAGGAGAUUUUCUCACCAGUGGUAAAGAUAACUUCUAUUCGUAGAGUGUUAGGUCUAGUAUCUAGCUUAUAUAUUGAUCUGGAGAAACUUGAUGUAAAAACUACAUUUCUUUAUGGUAACUUGGAAGAAGAUAUCUACAUGGUGCAACUAGAGAGAUUUGAAGUGAAAGAAAAUGAGAACAUAGUUUAUAAGUUGAAGAAGAGUUUUUACGAAUUAUUUGUUAACCCGUGUUCUGUGACAAACAUUUUACGAUUUGUGAAAGCAGUUACUCCAUUCAUUCCCGUUGAACUUUGCUCUGAUCAGGAAAAUAAUGAUAAUAAGACUAGUGAAGUAGAAAAAUGUUUUUUCUAUUCAUUAAGUGGUUUAUGGAAAGCGUUUAUCAAAUGGAGUUGUUAUGGAGUAGGAGUACCAACAUUGCUGAAUGAGAAAGAACAUAUCACUCAAUUCUAUGUUCCGUACCUAUCCGCCAUUCAACUGUACAUCGACCCAUUUCUUAGUGAAAAAAAUGGUUAUGGGAAUUCGCUGCAGAUGAGUGAGUUCUUAGUAAAUGAUAAGUAUACAAAUGUGGAAAUAGACGGAUCUAAUUCGUUGGAAACACUUAUAUAUGAAUAUUUUGAAAAGGAAACACCACGAAAUAGAAUGCCAUUAACUAAUAAGGCUCUAUCUCUUGCACAACAGUUCCCUGAGCUUAAUACCAUUAAAAGUUGUGAUCUUUCACCGGCAAGUUGGAUUUCUGUGGCAUGGUAUCCAAUUUGGAGAGAACCGUUGGGAUCGACACUUGAGAGAAUCGAUGCAUGUUUCUUGACAUAUCAUUCAUUGUCGACACAUUCUACAAGAUAUUCUACGAUAAAAGUUAAUGAUGGUAUGAAGGGUGGGAAAUCUGAGGAUAUAGGGCAUAGAAAAUUGAGGAUUCCCUUACCAGUCUUUGGAGUGGUCUGCAACAAGUAUAAGGGUACUCUUUUGUGUCCCAACAAAAAUCAUGAAUGCAAGAAGGAGAACUCUUUUAUUCAAGCAGCCGAAGAUUGGAUUCGUGAUCGGAAAAUUCUCCAUCCUGAUUAUGAACUCUUUCUAUCGCAUCAGUAG